GGGUUGCCGUAGUGUGGAGGGCAGUAGGAAGAGGCAGCAGCGGCGGCAGCAGCAGCAGCAGGUGAGGCUGCAGCUGUGGCAGCUCGGCCAGACCCCGUUGCUCCUCGGGGCGGCGGAGCGACCGCUCUCUCCUCUGCGUCUGGGACCGGGAGAGGAUGGGACGCCCCAGGCCAAAAGCCUGGGGUGACAUUGAGCACUAGCGGGCCUGCGGGAACCAGGCCUCUGGGCGGCGGCGCGGCCUGCACACCGGUUCUUGGGCCGAAUAUGACCUUCAGGCUCUGGCCCAGGGGCGCGGCGAGGCGGAGGUGGAUGGGGCGCCCAUGCCGGGGCUCGGCGCUGACCGCUGCCGCCGCUUGUCAUCCUAGUGACCUUGGGCCGGAAGAGGCCUGUCAGAAUGUUGGCUACCAGGGUCUUUGGCCUGAUUGGCAGGCGUGCUAUUUCAACCUCUGCAUGUGUUCGAUCCCAUGGUGUUGUGAAGACUGAAGAUUAUAGUCUUCCAAGUUAUGUUGAUCGUCGUGACUAUCCCCUGCCGGAUGUGGCCCAUGUCAGAAACCUUUCUUCCAGCCAGAAGGCCUUAAAAGAGAAGGAAAAGAAAGCAUGGAAUGACCUGUCCAAUGAAGAAAAAAUUGAGUUGUAUCACAUUAAAUUCAACGAGACCUUUGCUAAAAUGAAUAAACCUACAAAUGAAUGGAAAACAAUUUUAGGAGCUGCAAUGUUCUUCAUUGGCUUUAGUGCUAUAAUUGUCAUGUGGGAGAAGCGUUUUGUUUAUGGUCCUAUUCCACAUACCUUUUCUGAAGAUUGGGUGGCCAUGCAGACUCAGAGAAUGCUGGACAUGAAGGUUGGUCCCAUCCAGGGGUUCUCUUCCAACUGGGACUAUGACAAGAAAGAGUGGAAGAAAUAGAAGAAAUUGGGGAUGGUGCCUGCUGUUUAUUUGAACCUCUUACUUGUUCUUUCAUGUAUGUGCAACCCUCAGCAUAUUUACUGAAACAUUCUAUGUAAAACAUUAAGAAAGAAUAAACAACUGAUUUAACUUGAA